AUGGCUUCCAGAGACCAUGACGUAUCGGUAAACUUGGGCGGAAAGUCCGCCAUAGUGGUAUUCAUCAUAGCGCUUGUGGCCUUUGUCACUGAGACGCAGCUAAGCCAGUAUGUGCAAACCGAACUGGAUUUCCGACAGCCCUUCUUGUUGUUCUAUAUCGUUCACUCAUCCUUCGCCAUAAUGCUACCCUUGCACGUGCUAUUCCUGACGCUGUCGGGCAAGAACUCUCCUCGCGCUCUGUGGGCCGGAUUGAUGCUGGCACUCCGACAACAUCUUUCGCCCCCCACUGGCCCGGUCACUCAAUCAUCAGACUUUCCGACAUGGAGACUUGCUCGCCUUCUCUCAUUCUUGACGGCCGGCAUGACCUUCCCUGCUUUACUGUGGUUCAUUGCCGUAUCUCUAGCUUCAGUAACUGAUGUCACCGCGCUGUGGAACACGAACGCAUUCUUCGCGUACCUCCUCACCGUGAGGUUCCUCAAGCUUCGCUGGGACCCGCGACGUCUGGCCGCCGUCAUUCUUGCCACGUUGGGUGCUACUGCUGUAGUCUAUGGUGGUAGCACUGCAAACACGCCGGAGGCCAGCUUGUGGGGAAAGCGCUCCAUUGCCUCGGUUCUCCGGAGAGCAGUCUUUGUCCCUUCGGCACCCCUCAUCGGCGAUCUGUUGACGCUCGUUGCGUCUGUCCUGUACGGCUUAUACCAGGUACUUUACAAGAUCUAUGCCGCCCUACCGUCCGACCCCGAGGUACUCGAUGAUGAAGUCCCGACGGACGCCUUGUACAGACGACUUCCUACCUCAUAUGAUAGCACCUUGGACAUUGACGAAGCAGCUGUCAACAUCCCCCAGGUAGCAGAUGAAGCUGUCUAUCCUCCGCCUUUUGGAUUGUACCCCAACAUGCUGACAUCUGCUAUCGGCGUGCUCACUUUACUCGUACUGUGGAUACCCAUUCCAAUCCUCGACUACUACGGUAUUUCUACCUUCUCUCUGCCCAAGACUUCGCUACAGGUGGUCGCAAUCGCGGGCAUCGCUCUUAGCGGCGUGGUGUUUAAUGCAGGCUUCAUGAUCCUGCUGGGCGUCUGGGGGCCCGUUGUCACUUCUGUGGGAAGCCUGUUGACAAUUGUCCUCGUAUUCAUCUCGGAUAUCAUUUUCGGUGGCGCUGUUGAGACCAUUACUCCCUGGGGCUUGUUGGGAUCCGGCUCCAUUGUGAUAGCUUUUGCACUGCUUGCAUAUGAUAUGACGAGAAGACGACAUCCUGCAGAUUCCACAUCCCAUCCUUGA